CUCCAACCCUGCGCUUCGAAUCUCUCUUCACCUCUCCUCACCUCUCUUCAUCUCUGGAGAUGUCUCCCACAAAGCUUUCGAAAGUCGCAAUCGCCGGCAUCGUCAUUGGCGCAACGAUUGUCCUCCUCGUCGUCCUCAUUCUCGCCUACUUCAUCCGCUACUUUCGCAAGCUCGAACAUGAGUCGCAGUUCGAUCGCCAAAUCGCCGCCCUCGCACCACGGCGGUCGACACGGCCACCGACGAGUAACACGAAGCCUGGCUGAAAAGGCGAAUGGUGGUACCUGCGCGCACGCUCCUCGAUAGGGAGCGGGUGAUGCGUUGCCUAGACCGCCAUCCGAUCAUUCGCGGUUAUGACUCCUCUUCAUUCUCAUCCACCACCACCUUCCCCAACACCGUGAUAUGCUCUCUCCAGGAUCCAUCGCCAGCAUCGUCCUUGGCUCCAUCGCCCCCGCGGUCCUCCUCCUUGCGCUCUGUCUUUGGGCUCUCCUGGAGAGCGCUAUCCGCCGACACGCACACCUCGCCCGCUCCCGUCGGCAACCCAACCGCAUUUGGAAUUACAAAGAGGGUGUCAUCGGGUGCGAGCCAGAGCUCGAUCCCAGCUUUCGAGUGCAUGGUGUGCGGUGUUUGGGUGAGGAAUCUGUGCUUGGCUUGCCGGGGCCGGGUGGAAGAGUGGUGGAGAAUGUGGGACACGGCUUGAAACAGACUACGACAGAAGUUGCCCAACAACGGACACCGCCUCCGUCGACGUCGUACCCAUCGUCAUCGUCAUUGCAAGCUCAGAAGUACUGUAGUCGCAGUUCCACGCGUGUGAGUGGCAACCUCGACGCGCCUGAGUGCCUGAAGCCAUCCCCGCCUUCGCUCCCGUCCCCCCGUGGAAGACUUCUUCAGCCGUCACGACACGGCCAGCGCUGUCACCAUCACCGUCGCCAUUGCCUCUCCAGCGCGGUAUCAUCAACUCCCACCUCCCAUCCCCAGACGAUGGCUACAAUUCAGUGGACCAUUAAUGCCCUCCUUGCUUUGGCGGCCGCAUUCCUCGCACACACCUACGCGCUGGUUGGAGUAGUAUGGGGUGUCAAGGGGGUUUUGCAGCGAUACCGUGGGCUGCGCGCCAACAGGGAGGCUGGCCGCGGCGGAUGUGAAGCCCUGCGUCUUGAAAUGGACUUGGCGGUACCGAGCAAGGAUGCGCCUCAAGGCGGUGCACAAAUGAUUGUUUCGCCAUCGUGUAGCAACUUGCCACACAGUCCGCCCACUCGUCCAUGCCCGAGAUCACCAUUGGUGUCAUCUUCUCCAUCGUCGUCGGUGUCGCCUCUGCCCUUCUCAGCGGCACCUACCUCAUUGCCGGGAUUGUCUGGGGAUCAUCACCGCCACCUCCAGUAUUCCCCACAAUGGGCCUCUCACCCGGCGCCGUCGCUGGCAUCGUCAUGGGCGCGAUUAUCGGCGGCGCACUGCUCGUUGGCGCUCUGUACAUUACGUGCAUGUUCUGCGUGUUCCCUGUUCCGCGCCAUGAGCAACAACGAUGA